CAGCCAAGCAGUGAGAUGUCGCGAGACUUGACGCAGUUUGGCGCCGAAACAAUCAUUUGGCUGACGACGCUCGUCUCUUUUGGCGGUAAGACAGCAAUCAACAGAUCAAUCAGCCGCAGGGUGCACGUGAACCCGCAUGCGUGCUUGCGUGCGACGGAGCGAAUGUUGACAAGCACGCUGCUGCAUGACAAUAAGAUGACAAUGGAGACGCAGAUGGAGGUGUCGGCUCACAGCCUCUUCCUGCUGCAGCAGCUCAAUGUGCAGCGAGAGUUUGGCUUCCUGUGCGACUGCACAGUCGCCAUCGGAAACGUCUACUUCAAGGCCCACCGCGCCGUGCUGGCCGCCUUCUCCAACUACUUCAAGAUGAUCUUCAUCCACCAGAGCAGUGAGUGCAUCAAGAUUCAACCCGCCGACAUCCAGCCUGACGUGUUCAGCUACCUGCUACACGUCAUGUAUACAGGCUCGUGUCCCAAGCAGGCGGUGGAGCAGACGCGUCUGGAGGACGGAAUCAAGUUCCUCCACGCCCACCAGCUGUGUUGCAAGAACGGCGAGGGCGCCACCGACGCAGCUGCAGACGCGGUCCGCAUGUCCAACCUGUACGGCAUCCAGAUCUCAUCCCAGCUGGGCCCCAAAGAGGCGCCCACGCUCUCCAAGACCGUUGUAGGAGAGGGGGGACUGCGGAGCGGGCUGUCAAUGGCCGUGGGCCUAGAAGGCGUCCAAUCAGAGGGUCAGGGAUCAUCUCUGCGGGACGUCCGCUCCGUAGCAUCCGGCGACGACUGCGACGUCACGACCGCCAUCAAGCAGGAGUGUCGGGAUGAUGAGGGCGGAGACGCGGGCCGGGGGACGUGGUCGCCAGUUCAGGAUGGCAGCCUCGGUCAGAGCGCGGCGUUUAAAGAGCAGUCGCCAGUCCUCACUUGUCCUCGCUGCGGCCACCGCUGCUCCUCACCUGAGGGCUUGCGAGAGCACCUGUUCAGCCAUGCCCUCGACCCCGCCCUUUUUACGGAGGGGCUGUCACAUGGCACAGAACUGCGCGCCAGUGGUGAAAAUGCAGAACGUCUGGACGCGGGUUGCCUGGAGGAGGCGCUACGUCAGAGCCGGGCGCUCGCCACUCAGCUGGCAGCGGAGCUCAGGAGAAGCCGGGCAGGAGCAGAUGUCGGACUGACAGGCCCCGCCCCUUCCGCCACACACUCUCGUAAGCGAAAGAUCACGUGCGCCGUGUGUGGCGUGCGCUUCUCCCACAAGAGUCAGCUGCAGGAGCACAUGUACGCGCACACCGCUAAGCCCACACGCCAUCAUCGCCACAGCCGCCUCUGUGGCCAGCUCUUCCACAGCUCCACCCACUUCUGUGAGGGCACAGUGGAGCCCGGGACAGAGGGCGGGGCUUCAGCUGGUGCACCACCUGAGGAGGCGAACAGAGAAGCGCAGGACAACGGAAGCUCGUGUUACUCGCUCGACUCCGAGAUCUCUCAGGAGAGUGCUGACGGAGGGCAGGGCGAGUGAUGACACCACUUCCUGUCCAGUCACCUGACUUAAAGCAGUGACUUUAAUUUAUUGACACACUAGUUUAUGUGAAGUUGGUCUUUGUUUUCAAAGUAAAAGCUCUGCUCGAACAAGCUUCCUUGUCGUUCUGC